AUGACGGCAUUGUUAAGGGGAAAUUACCGUACACGACGUAUAAUUGAGUUUUUCGGGAAAGUCAAAAUCUCAGCGGAAAAUCGAAUUUCCUGUUUUUCAAAGAAUCCUUGAAGACUGCUUUGAUCUGCAGAACUUGAACAGAUUCAGUAGACCCUUGGUGAGGGAACAAGUGCUUUCGUAAUGGCAGAAGGCAUGCCUUAUUCCGAUCUGAAACCUCAGAGAGCUCCUGUGGAAAGCUAUGAAGAGAGUUUAGAGGAUAUCGAGAAACAAGCCUGUUUGCUUUUCGAAGAAUUUUUAAGACUGCCCCAUUCAGCAAGUAUGAAGUUAAUGGUUAAAAAUUCAUCCAAAGAAGCAGCAGAUUCCCCGAUCAUGCUCGAGAAAAAGGGCCAUGAAAAUUACAAACAGUCUCGAGUUCCUUGUGAAUGUGAUGAAGCAGAUGAGGAUGAUCUUGUAACUGACAGUAAACUUGUUGCACAAAGUUCCAGUAAUGGAGUGUUACCUGAGCCUGAGCCUGUUUCAACUCAAAACCCAGAACUGACGAGACUUGCACAUCAGAUGCAACGGGCUGGUGAUGCACUUUAUCAACAAUAUGGUGAUCGAGUUGAUGGAGUUCAGACACACUUGGUUUCAUAUGUCCUGGAUAAUGCUGCUGAUCUGACUUAUGACAGAUUCAGUAAAGAAAUUGAUAACAUGAUUGGUCGAGACAGAAACUGGACCAACUUGAUAUUUGCAUAUUAUGUUGGUAAAAGAGUGUGCUUAAUGACAUCUGAUGCUUGUGGUGCAGUGAAGGGCUAUUUUGAGCAAUACUUGGGUCAGUCAUAUCGCCGUCCCAUGCAAGAGGCUGGUGGAAUUGCCCGAUUUGUGAAUUCUAAAGGUCGCUAAGUGAUGCAGUCAAUCAACAAAUGAAGCAUGUUGCUAAAGAGGAGCUGCUCUGAUAAUGACAGCUGCUUUGCCUGGCAAGGGAUGGCCUGCUUGAAAAACAUAUCUUCCCACAUUUAAAAGGACAAUGGGAAUGUGCACCCUGUUACGCACUUCAUUUUUUAAAAUUCAGUUGAAUCAGAGCUGAUUUUCUCUUUGUUAAUUGAUACUUAAUUGUUUCAAAUUAAAAUAAACCUUUUUUUUAGCAACAGCAUGUAGCUGUUAAAUUCAACAAUAGCGAAGCUAGGUUCAAGAGAGACAAACUUAGGAGAUGUUGUUACACAUGGUGAAAUGACAGCACCCAGGAUGCAUUUUUUGUCAUUACUCUUUGAGAAUCACUGUUUAUUUGGUGAAAUGUAUGAAGUUGAUUAUCUAGCAUGUCUUGAGUGUCAUAGCCUCUUAAUUCUUUUCUAUUUGUAACUUAAACUUUCAGUAUUUUUUUAUUCAAAAUUAAAGUUGCUGGAAAGCAUCACAAUA